ACACUGUUACACCCGUAUAUUAAAGUUGUGUUGAAAGUUAGCAUACUGCGUUGGAAUAAAAAGUAAUGCUAAUAAUUGUUGUCAGCCAAUGCGUUUAACGUGUUUAAGUAUUAAGCUAGAGCUUCUAGUGUUUCAUGAGUGAGUUAGCAAAUGGCGCUAAAACACUUUUCGACAUCAAUGUUAACGGCUUCUUUUCGCAGUAAAACAUUUGGACAGGCGAUAAAAGCGAUGUUGUGUCCAGUUAAGUCCUACAGCAGUGCAACAGGAGGUGAACACUCAGAAACAGUUGCGGGACAGACCGUGGUCACAGAGCGCAGAGGGGCUGUGGUUUCCGUGGCAAUAAACCGUCCCGAGGUGCGUAAUGCGGUGAACCAGGAGACGGCGAGGCGUCUGCUGGAGGAGCUGGAGGCCUUCGACCGGGACCCAGACUUAAACGUGGCUGUCCUGCAUGGGAAAGGAGGGAAUUUCUGCGCUGGUUAUGAUCUGAAAGAGCUGGCCAAUCACACAGCCUCCCUCAAAUUGGAGCAAGAUGUCACCAAGGGUCCCGGUCCGAUGUGUCUCGGCGUGCGGGUUUAA